AUGUCCAUUAAACUCACCGUUAAAUCCCAAUGAAUGGCCUAAUGAAUUGAAGGUAUAUGAAACUAUCAAAAGCAUGGAGGGAAUCAAAGCCUCCACCAAAGACACCUGAAGAGGCUUCCAUGCUUGUAAUUCACACUCUACACAGACCUCAAACAGCUGAUCUUCAGGGAUUAUUAUCAUUCUAUGGUUUCCCAUUUCUUGAUUCGCUAGCUGAAGCCACCGCCGGUGAAACUCCGCCGCUUUCCGACGGUUUCAAGUUCGAGUUGCACACGCUUCCGGUGGAUCCAAGGGCAGUAGCAGAUGGCGAUGGUGUAACAGUGUAUGUUAGAACGUCAGAUGCUCGGGAGUCGACACGUGUCCCCCCGGAGAUACAAAUGGCAGCAGUUGAACGCAAGGAAGCACGUGCUAAAAGGAACUACGCUAAAGCAGACGCACUAUACACCGUAAUCAAAGAUGCAGGCUAUGGGGUGCUACAUAUAAAAAACGAGGAAAUUCUAGCCCGAAAGUAUAGGAUCAGACUAAGGGGAAUAGAUGCACCUGAAAAUGCAAUGCCUUAUGGGAAAGAGGCGAAGGAUGAAUUGGUGAAGAUAAUUGAUGGGAAGUGUUUGAAGAUUUUGAUUUUUGAUGAGGAUCAAUAUGGGCGUUUUGUUGGGGAUAUUUACUGUAAUGGCAUAUUUGUACAGGAGUUAAUGUUGAAGAAAGGACUAGCAUGGCACUACACUGCCUAUGACAAAAGGCCAGAAUUAGAGAAGUGGGAGAAAAGUGCGAGGGAUAAGAGAAUUGGGUUGUGGGCUUCAUCGAAUCCUGAAAUGCCAUGGGAAUGGAGGAAGAAUCGAAGAAUGUAUGUGAACUCGGAUAGGUGGCUUAAGUUAUGUUUGUUCACUUUGUUAGGGGCUAUUUUGUCUUUCUAUAUUUCGUUAAUCAAAUAGAAAAUGACAAAUCGCAUGAAAUAGUAAUAUAUAUUGUGUUUUUUUUUUUUUUUUACGGAUACGAGUAAUCUACAUUGGUUUCUAUCCAUAACAACAACAUAGUUACGAUUAUAGCAACUUUUAACCUAAAUAAUGGUUAAGGGUUUACAACCCGACUUUGAAAUCUUUUGUGUAUGUGGCCAUAAACAAUGUUGAUGUGUUGAUUUUGUUAGAAAGAAAAUAAAUUCAAUUACAACUUUUGGACA